AUGGUGGAUACGCCAAUGGUGGCCAGCAUCCAGGGACUGCGUAGCCCCCGGAAACUUCAGGAUCUUAGAACACUAAAGACGCAUUCAAUUCUCUUCCUCAAUUUCACGCUCACACCGGCAAACAGUUUAACAAAUGACGUGGAAGACAAAAACGACAAAUAUAGUGGACGAGAAUGUUAUGGACGGAGGAACGGUUUGGGUCUCAUCGCAAACUCUCACGUUCAUUACGAGCGAAUACGGCGCCAUUAUGCCAACUGCACCUACGUUCGCGGAAGUCUGGAAAUCACACACCUAGAUAAUCCGAACAUUCUCUAUGAUCUCAGUUUCUUGUCGUCCAUAAGGGUUGUCACGGGCUACGUUCUCAUCGCCCUGGUAACAGAGAAUGUCAGCAUUUCAUUGGACAACCUGCGGGUCAUCCGAGGCGAUGACCUUUUCAAGUCCAAUUCUAGGGGUUACGGCCUUUUUGUUGGUCUAAAUAUGGGACCUGGAAACAGGGCAGAAAACGGACUCCGUCAGCUGAGAAUACCUUAUCUGAGAGAGAUCUCCAACGGUGACGUAGCGUUCAUUCUAAGCCCUCAUAUUGCCUACGUCACCACUAUAGACUGGGACGUCAUCGCCCCAACCGCUGACGUAACCCUCCAGGAUUUCCCUACAUCACUGAUACCUGUGAUGGACGACUUGGUGUGUCAUCCCAACUGUCCAGGGCGAUGCUAUGUCUCCAGAUCUCUCUCCGGAUGUUGCGCAAAUGUCUGUGCAGGAGGCUGUUGGGGACCCCGAAAGUUCCAGUGUCUGACUUGUAAGUUCGUGAGCUUUCUGGACACGUGUCUGGCUGACUGCCCAAAGAACACUUAUCCGUGGGCCGGGGUUUGUGAACGUUGA